GCUCGAGCCACUUCCUUCCUUCCUUCCUCGUAGCUUGAUAUGCGAGCUCCGCUCUGGUGCUUAGCUCGCUUAUCGCCCAGUAGGUGGCGUUGUUGGGUGAGCUGCUUAACCACAUCGGGGGUGCUUCUGUUUCCCAGACUCCUGCGCACCGGGCCGUUCCGGCCCGACGGAGUGCCACGUCUUUAAUAGCGAGACGGUGGCGGCGAGGAGGAGCUGCAGCGCAGGGCAGGGCGGGUCUGUCCGUGCGCGCGUGUGAGAAAUCCGCCUCAGCCUCCGUUGGGCCUGAGCCAUGGGCUCGUCGCAGAGCGUGGAGAUCCCCGGCGGGGGCACCGAGGGCUAUCAUGUCCUGCGAGUACAAGAAAAUUCACCAGGACAUAGAGCUGGAUUGGAACCAUUCUUUGAUUUUAUUGUUUCUAUUAAUGGUUCAAGACUGAAUAAAGACAAUGACACGCUCAAGGACCUGUUGAAAGCAAAUGUGGAAAAGCCUGUCAAGAUGCUGGUAUACAGCAGCAAAACACUGGAGCUCAGAGAGACCUCCGUAACUCCCAGCAACAUGUGGGGUGGGCAGGGCCUACUAGGAGUCAGCAUUCGCUUUUGCAGCUUUGAUGGGGCCAAUGAGAAUGUAUGGCAUGUGCUGGAAGUUGAACCAAAUUCUCCUGCUGCACUUGCAGGUCUUAGAUCUCAUAGUGAUUACAUAAUUGGUGCAGAUACUGUCAUGAAUGAGUCUGAGGAUUUAUUCUCCCUUAUUGAAACGCAUGAAGGCAAACCAUUAAAACUUUACGUAUAUAACACAGACACUGAUAAUUGUCGAGAAGUGGUUAUAACCCCAAACUCUGCAUGGGGUGGAGAAGGAAGCCUAGGUUGUGGCAUUGGAUAUGGUUACUUGCAUAGGAUACCUACACGCCCUUUUGAAGAAGGAAAGAAAAUUUCUCUUCCAGGACAGUUGUCUAGUUCACCUAUUAGCCCACUCAAAGAUGGCUUUACAGAAGUUCAGCUGUCUUCAGUUAAUCCCCCACCUUCACUACCACCUGGAACUGCAGGAACUGAACAGGGUCUGGCCGGGCUUUCUAUUAGCUCAACCCCUGCUGUCCCCAAUGUGCUUAAUACAGGUGUUCCAACAGUACCGUUAUUGCCUCCCCAGUCCAGUCAGGUUCUUCCACCAGUUAACCCGGCAGCAAUGUUACCAGGAUUGAUACCAUUACCCACUGGACUUCCGAAUCUGGGUAAUAUCCCGAAUCUGGGUAAUAUCCCAAACCUUAAUUUACCUGCCCCACACUUAAUUCCUGGUCCUGGAUUAGCAGAUAUCGGACAUCCUGGUUUGCCACCACUUCCUUCCUUGCCUCCAAUAAAUCUCUCUGGAAUUACACCUCUCUCAUCAGAAUUUCUUGCACGGUUUCCAUUGGUCACGGAGGUGUCCACUCUGCCUACAGAUCUGCUUGCUUCUGCUCCCCAGAUGGGGAGCUUACCUGCUAAUCCUGGCACUACAGCCAGUGUGGAGCAACCCUCUUCAUUUAUCCUGGAUACUUCUCCUCCCCUUAUUACUACAACAGCAAUGAUGACUCCUGCUUCCAGUGCUCCCGCUGCCAAGGCAUCGACUCCUGAAGACAGGGGAGAUGGAUCAUCUGCAGUCAGUGAAAAGCCAACAUCCUUGAUCACAGAUCCAGCUGCUUCUGAAUCAUCAUAACUUCAAAUGUUUGGUUGGAUUGGGCUUGGUGUAUUUAUUCAGCUAUGGGAUAAAUAUUUAAAAAAUGCAAACUACCAUUAACUUCAUGCUAGUUUGUAUUUUGCUGUUAGGAUUCCUGUAAAUAUACUGAGGGUAGCCUAAGGGUCUAGGAUUUUUACAGGGGGUUUGGUGUAGGGAUGGAAGAGGGGGAGGAAGUGCUUAUAUCUAAAAAAAAUAGAGUAGAAUAUACAGACUUCAACUGCCAAAAUUUGAGCUAUUUUUUUAAAUCAUAUCUGAAUUCUGGAGGCCUCCUUGCUUCCUGCCCUCCUUCAAGUUUUGCUUCUGUUAGAAAUGAAGAAGCAGUUCAUGCUUGUGGCUUUUGAAAACAAACAUCAUUGUACUUUCCAAGUAUUAGAAUCUUGGUAAUACAUUGCAAGAGGGUGCAAGUCUUCUUUUGUCCAAGUUGUACAUUUUAGCUCUAUAAAGACCUUCAAACUAAAGCUGUUUUAUUUUAAAAAUUGACAGAGUAAGACUUGUCAAUUGAGCAUCAUUUUAAAUCUGCCUGUAUGCAGACCUUUCUGUUGAGUGUCUGCCAGCCCUUACCCUGAAUUUAACUUCUACUGCUUUGCUUUGUAAGCCCAUUAUCAAAAAGCAUUUUGAAGAAAUCAAAAGGAAGCAAACCCAUUAACGUUGGACAUGGCUCAAAAACAGGACGGAUGAAACUUUGACUUUUGUAAAAAUUAAAAAAAGUUGUAUGGAGAGAGCUUACACAAUGGCAAUAAAUUCAGAGAAUUUUAUCUUGAUACAA